GCAGGAGUUUGCUGCGGCGAAUGAUAUCGUGGUCGUCUGCGGGACGAAGAGAGCCAAGGAAGAGCAUUUUCGGACUUCUAUGGUAACGUGGGAUAGCCAGACGGCAGAGAUGGUUCUUCACCCGCGAGGGAUUGAUGGCAUUGAUCAUCGCCCGUGGGCUAUUGUAAUGACGCGUCGGGAGCUUCGCCUUGGAGAAGAAAUUAGGCACGAUCUUGCUGAUCCAGCUAUCGACGACGAGCAAAAGAAAAAGCUGCGAGAAUUUCUCGCCGAGCCUGAAAAUCAAAUCUAUAACAGAAACUUACGCAUGCUUUUGCAAGAAGCCUGGAAAGCUGAACUGGAAGCAACAAAUCCACUGGAUCAUAUCUACGCUCUGCUUAACCUGGCGUCGGAUCGCGAGGAGCUGGGCAUUGAAGUUGACUACACAUUGUCACCUGUCGAGCUGUACAGGAAAGCGGUUCGGGCGAUUUAUACAAAGGGCGAUCUUGCCCUGCUGGCGUACUGCAAGUGGGAUGGCGUGCAAACAGAUCUCCCAAGCUGGGUACCCCAUUUUACGGGUCAGCAAGGAUGGAUUCCGAUUCGAGAGCUUUGCGGCCGUGGAUGGCAUGGGACGUCCGUGUUCGAUGCAAGCAAAGGGAAGCAAGCCGUGAUAGCCUUUGGAGAAUGCAACCCAAAAAUCCUGAAGAUCAACGGCAUUGCAGUGGAUACCUUAACGUUCCUCGACGUGCGCCGAGCAGACGUCUCAGUAAACGAUGUAACACCCGCCAACAGAAGACACAUAGUCCACUGGUUACGACAAACAUUCGACUACCUCAGUGACAUAGAGUGCGAAGCAUACCCGAACGCCAAGGCGCGAAAGGAAGCAGUAUGGAAGACUCCAAUACUGAACCAUUUCAACCGUGGUUACCUUGGUCAAGGUGACAAUCACGCGGGACCGGAAGCAGAGAAAGGAUACAAUGCACUUUUGAGAGACGACAUGGAGACUCAAGAACCAGCAUUGGUAAGACUUGCAGAUAUAUACUUCUCGCACAUGAUGCGUGCCUCAAAUAGGACGAGGCCUUUCAGGACAAGCAAAGGAUACAUAGGACUAGGAUCGACGCGUGCUGAAGAGGGAGACAUCGUCGUUGUGUUGCUUGGUUGUGAAGUCCCAUUCCUGUUGCGAAAGUGGGGUGAAUACCACUAUAGGCUAAUUGGGGAAGUAUACGUGCAUGGGAUCAUGUUUGGUGAGCUGUUUGCACAUGAGCCUCAGAUAGACACCUUCCACUUGUGUUAGCCUUCGUUGUUUAUCGUUGUUCCAUCUACCUAGGUACGUGGCUCCAGUUACAUACCAACUCUAUCAUCAGCUAGCCGGAAAUUCCUUAGGUAGCAAUCUGUAGCUCGCCAUCUGGGUUCCAUGC